AUGCAAUCGUUGCAUUCAAAAUCGCUAAAUUUGCGCGUCACUCGCUUAGCGCCCCUCUGUCCCCUCCUUUCCUCCCCUGCAUUCCCUCCUUUCCCCCCCUUGCUUCUCCUCCUUUCCCCCCUUACUUCCCCUCCUUCCCCCCCCCCCGAUUCCCCUCCUUUCCGCCCCUGCUUCCCCUCCUUUCCCCCCCUUGCUUCCCCUCCUUUCCCCCCCUGCGUUCCCUCCUUUCCCCCCUUUGCUUCCCCUCCUUUCCGCCCCUGCAUUCCCUCCUUUUCCCCCCCUUGCUUCCCCUCCUUUUCCCCCCCUUGCUUCCCCUCCUUCCCCCCCCCCCCCCUUGAUUCCCCUCCUUUCCCCCCCUGCAUUCCCUCCUUUUCCCCCCCUUGCUUCCCCUACUUUCCCCCCCUUGCUUCUCCUCCUUUCCCCCCUUGCUUCCCCUCCUCCCCCCCCCCUGAUUCCCCUCCUUUCCCCCCCUUGCAUUCCCUCCUUUCCCCCACCCAAUCCCUUCCUUUCUCCCCCUUGCGUCCCCUCCUUUCCCCCACCCCCCCUGUAUCCCCUCCUUUCCCCCCCUGCAUCCCCUCCUUGCCCACCCUGCUUUUCCCCCUUUCCGCCCCUACUUUCCUCCUUUUCCCCCCUUGUUUCCCCUCCUUUCCCUCCGACACCCCCCCCCUUGUAUCCCCUCCUCUCCCCCCCGUGCUUCCCCUGCUUUCCGCCGCUGCUUCGCCUCCUUUCCCCCACUGCAUCCCUCAUUUCCCCCACUGCAUCCCUCAUUUACCCCACUGCAUCCCUCCUUUCCCAUACUGCAUCCCUCCUUUCCCCCACUGCAUCCCUCCUUGUUCCCCACUGCAUCCCUCCUUUCCCCCACUGCAUCCCUCAUUUCCCCCACUGCAUCCCUCAUUUACCCCACUGCAUCCCUCCUUUCCCAUACUGCAUCCCUCCUUUCCCCCACUGCAUCCCUCCUUGUUCCCCACUGCAUCCCUCCUUUCCCCCACUGCAUCUCUCCUUUCCCCCACUGAAUCCCUCCUUUCCCCCACUGCAUCCCUCCUUUCCCCCACUGCAUCCCUCCUUUCCCCCACUGCAUCCCUCCUUUCCCCCACUGCAUCCCUCCUUUCCCCCACUGCAUCCCUCCUUUCCCCCACUGCAUCCCUCCUUUCCCCCACUGCAUCCCUCCUUUCCCCCACUGCAUCCCUCCUUUCCCCCACUGCAUCCCUCCUUUCCCCCACUGCAUCCCUCCUUUCCCCCACUGCAUCCCUCCUUUCCCCCACUGCAUCCCUCCUUUCCUCCACUGCAUCCCUCCUUUCCCCCACUGCAUCCCUCCUUUCCCCCACUGCAUCCCUCCUUUCCCCCACUGCAUCCCUCCUUUCCCCCCUGCUAGCACAUCGCCCUUCCAUCCCAUCCCCCCUCUCGUCCCUUUCAUCUCCCUGCCAACACACCUGUCAAGACACUGGCGUAUGCGCUGCAAGUGGUGCAGGCACUGGCAGGGUGUGA